AUGCUCGUACAAACAGAGCUCGACUGGUCUGAUCUCAUCUGCUCGACCGCACCUCAGCCAAUGUUCUCUGAGCUUGCCUUCGCGCGCUCAGCGAGCCCCCGUCGAGGCAAGCCUGAUUGGCAGCUCUCGACGAGGAUGCCUCGCUUUACCACCAAGCCUCAACGGACGCAGCCGGUUGCUGAUAGUUCAGAUCAGCGUGCUCGCAUGCCCCUGUUGGAGAGUCGGACGACAUUGAGUUCAAGCAGCUUCGCGCUAGCUGCGACCACUUCUCCCACAAAAGCCAGCAAAGAGUCUAAAGGCGGCAGCACUUCGCUGGCAGAUCAACAUGGCGUCUCUGUCAUGCCGAGCUAUAUAGCUCCUCCUUUGCUACCGAGCUUGCCUGGGCCGAAGCAGCCGAGUCCGCCACGGGAAGUUGUAGCAGGUUCAGAUGAUGAGCUCGAAGAGGGCGAGCUGCCUUCCUCGCCCGUCGCAAGCCCAGCCAAGCCAACCGACGAGCUCGCGUCCGGAUCUCUGUCGCACUCGGCGGACUCUGCGGCGCCAAAGGCGAUGCGCAAUGGGCCAAUGUCGCCAGUCGCGACAGUCGCGCUCAACCCGGCGUCGAACCAACGUAAGUCCAAUGUCGCCCUGCCAUACAGAUCCGCCCCACAGCCCAGCCCUUCCACGAGCAAGAUACCCUUUUCACUUACUGUUGCUGAGUCGGUUACACCCGCUGAGAAGAAGCUUUCUUACUCUCGCCAAGGCAAAGAGCCAGCUCCGCAGACCAACGGUCGCGGUCCUGCCCAGACCGCGGGCGCGGCUCUGCGCGCAUCCCAUGGGCGACGUCGCUCGCAUAGCCCGACAGCGUACAAGCCUAGCUCGUCGCGGCCUGCGGCCCCUCCCAAAGUGCAACCCAUCUCGAUCUCUCUAGCCUCCUUCAAAGCCAAAGGCAACAAGGGCAGAGCUCUCACCUCUCCACUCAAAUCUGCACACGAUUCCAGUGAUCUGAAUUCCAGCACCAUCUCGGACUCUGCGGCUGAGCUACCGACCUCACCAGAUACACCGCGACAGCGGCGAUCGCGAUGGGACGCGCCUUCUGCCGGCUCUCCAGUGCUCACUAAUGGCAAGGCAACAGUUGAUGCUCUGCCGCCUACUGCAGCGGCGCCUGAUUCGCCUGCUAUCAUGCCUCCGCCAUUACCGAGCGAUCCUCUGCCAGCAGUGCCACCGCCGCCUCGCGUCAGUCCUACCCCUGGGCCUGAUCAGCGCGGCAAUUUCACACGGCCAUCAAAACCUUCGCAGCCAGCGCGUGCAAGCUAUCGGUCUGACCGGCGGUCUCCUGACGUACCGAGUGCUCGCGGCCGCUCGCCAGACUAUUACGAACGCGGGAGAACUGCAGAUCACCGUGGCAUAGGUAGAUCGCCCGAGCAUUACGCGCGAGGGAGAUCACCAGAGCAAUACACAAGGCGGCCAGAUCCGCUUCCGCGGCGGCGACGCUCGCCUGAGCCGAUAGCGAAACGAGCUGAGCCACCUGUCAGGAGGCGGUCGCCCGAACCUACAGUAGUCAAGCAGCGCACACCUGCACAAGAAGCAGAGUUCAAGAAGCUACACCCCUUUGCAGCUCGGUAUCACCCCGACUGGGAGACAUUCAAGCAUGUCGUCACUCCAGACGAAGACUUGCUGCCCGUCCCUGCGUCAGGCUGGCCUGGCGUAGAGAGGCGGAAAUCUUACUUGGCCAUAUAUGAUCCUGCGCUUGACAGCGAUCCCGUCAAGAAAAGCAAGACUCUCAUCUUCCGACACGAGGGCGAUGGUCUCGAGCGGCCCAUCGAGGAUCCCCGCCAUCGUGGUGUGGCAGAGGAGAGGACAAAGAGCGCGAAGGCGCGCGGCAAAAUGCGCUUGCUCGACACGUUGCCGAUAAUUAUCUACGAGUGGGACAAGCAGUCUGUGGGCGCGCCACCGCCUGGCCCAGUCACUUCGAUCGUCGUGCAAGGUUACACCCGUUUGACGACUUCUGAAGCUCUUCAUCGCCACUUUGCUCAAUUCGGUCGAAUAGCAGAGCUCGACUUCAAGCAUGAUACCCUGACCGGCGGCAGUCUUUGUCUAUGCUGGAUAAAAUUUGUCGAUGAGGUCGACAGACGGCCUGACCGUCGGCGGGAAGAUGCAGAGAAGCGCUCGAGGCGCCACAACCAGCAAGACGGCCAUAAUGCUGCAGUACAGGCCAUGCGGAAAAGUCAAGGCACACGCAUCGGCGUGCCUGCUCAGGGUGAAGAUGGUCUGAUCUCAGUCGAUCUCGACCAUAGCGCAAUCAUCGUGGCGCGACGGGUCAAAGCAGAGAUGCUUCGUCGCCAUCCACCGCCGCCACCUAAAGUCGAAAAGCCGGCGCAGACUCCCGCAUCAGCGCCUGCUGUCGCCACCGCGCUCACGGACGCCGUUGAUACCAUCGAGGCAGCGCGCAAGGGCUUCGGACUGCCGAGCAAGCCCGUCCUUGACGAACGCGCAGCAGCCGCGUUGCGUCACAGCAGCCUUGACGACGGGCAACGCACGCCCGCCCUAUCUGUCCAGGACGACAUAAGGCGAGCAACACGAUCUCAGACGGCUCGAUCUCGAGCAAGCUCUCGCGAUAGGGAUACAGAAGAGGAGGAGUCAGACGAUGAGGUCUUUGAUCGUCGAGCGCGGAUACGGACACAAGCAGCGAAUGCUGGCAUUGCGCGUUCGGGUCCUCGCAAGAGCAAUGACAUAGAUAGCCUCCCCGAGUGGCUCAAUGCGAAGCUUGCCAGGAAUGGUAUGCCCUACCUGACUCUGCUUAAGCGUCAAUUCUUCGGCGCCGAACGUCAAAAUGGAUCGCGCUUGCCUUCGAGCAAAUUGAUGGACAUGUUUCAGCCUCAUGGCGCCCUCGAAGUCAUCACGCUCGACAACCUGUUUGUAGUUGUCUUCGGCGACAAGCUAGGCGCAAAGUCUGCCCACGUUGCGCUGCAAGGUCAAGCCCAUAUGGGCAUCAAGCUUGCGCUGGAUCUUCAUGAGUCUGCUGACAAGUCUGGUCGGCGUGAGUCCGUCGCAAUUCGCAAGACUAUCUGGACCGACGCCGAGCUGGAAAGAGAAGCUAAAGAGCUACUGCUCAGAGAUCUGAAGACCGCCUUUGGACAGGAUCUGCGCGCCCGGGUCGCGAGCGCGAAGAUUGCCGAGCGCUUGACAGAGCAUCGAUCAAAGCCAGCUGCUCCCAGUAUACCGUCUAUAGUGGAACCUGCCGCCAGCCCAACGCUCGAACAUAGCAAGGAAGUCACGCCGAGUGGGCUAUCCGGCCUGGUCAAGAUCAGAAAGCUGCCCGGCUUCCCACGGCGGCAACGAGAUACACCGGACACGGUGGAAGAUCGCAGGCUCCUCGGCAUAGAUUCGCCGCAAUCGCUGCGCGAAGAUGGCACUUCAUCGUCAGCCUCGAGGACAGACUCGCCGAAAGCGACAAAGAGGCUUGUACGGCGGCCGGAAAGCUCAGAUGAUGAGGACAUGGAAGAAGAGGAUCCCGCUGUGUCCAUUGUCGACGUGGAUGCGCCAAAAUCUGCUCGGUCUGCAAAGAGGGCGCGUGGCAGGCUGCAAAUACAGCAUCCCGAGGACGCGGAGGAAGCUGCUCAUGGCUUGCCAACGCCUGCGCCCACUGAUAGUACAGUCAGUAAGCAGGAUGCCAUGCAGCUCGAUUCGGACGCAGAUUCGGACGCGAAUCUGCCGCAAGCGCAGACUGAUGCGCGACAGAAGGCUCUGACUCGACCGCGCAGCCCGACGCCGGAUAUCUAUGCUGCUGGGCUCGCAGGGGACGAUGAGGAUGUCUGGUACCUCCGCAUGGCCAUUGCACGGGUCAAGAAUGGCGAACCUCUCCAUUCACGUAAUCUAGAAGCUGAUCUGGACGAAUACGACGAGUCACCGGCAGUGGCGACAGGUCAUGAAGCUGGCUCGGCGAAAGCGCAGGGCUAUUACCCAAUCGCUCCAGCUCAGAAGUCAGCUUAUCUGCCAGAGCGAAAUCGGGCGAUCGUCGAGGUGCCAGAGAAGGGCCAAGCACCGGCAUCGUCGACUGCAAUCUCUCGUCUCGCUCGUGCGAAUACGCGUCGCCUCGUGCUCGAUAUGGAGCAGCAGCGUAAAUCAGCCGCGACAGAAGCAGGAUCUGAUCUGCUCAAAUUCAACCAGCUCAAGUCGCGCAAGAAGCAGCUCAAGUUUGCGCGCUCGCCUAUCCACGACUGGGGACUCUACGCAAUGGAGCAUAUCCCAGCGCGAGACAUGAUCAUUGAAUAUGUCGGCGAGCUCAUCAGGCAACAAGUCGCAGAUAAACGCGAAAAGGCGUACGAGAAGAUGGGCAUCGGUAGCAGCUAUCUGUUCCGUGUCGACGACGAUUUGGUCGUCGAUGCGACGAAGAAAGGGACCUAUGCGCGGCUGAUCAACCAUUGCUGUGCGCCUAACUGCACUGCGCGGAUCAUCACGAUCGGCGGACACAAGAAGAUCGUCAUCUACGCACUGACAGACAUUGAGCCUGGCGAUGAGAUCACCUAUGAUUACCACUUUGCGACGGAGAGCGAUGACCUCAAGAUCCCUUGCCUCUGCGGCAGUCCGAACAAGGCUUAUCCUGCGCCCCGUCUGAUCUCCAGCCAGGACUGGUCGUCGCCUUUGAGAAACGCCGUCACCGUCGACGCCAUGACGGGACAAAGCGAGGCCAAGAAGGCAUCGUCCAGUCCCUGGAAAGGCCUGUCAAACCUGUUCAGGCUCAAUGCGCCCACACAAGCGAGUCAUCGCAACUCAGCAGCUGCGCCCGCUCAGUCGUCAUUCGUCCUCAAGUCAAUGACGAGCGAGACCGAACUAGCGAGACAACGACAGAGUCAUGAUGCCACCUCUCGCCAGCAUGAUUCAGGCAUUUACACCGGAGCGAGAUCCUCCACGCCUCUGCCGCUGCCCUCCAUGUCGAGCGCACAGAUCGCCGAGUCGCGCUCGCCUUCAUCCGGAGAGUCGUGGAUGAGCAGGACGGCUCCGACGGCCAGCAGCGUCUUUGGCGUGCCACUGGAGGAGAGCCUGAGGAGGGCAUCAGUCGCCAUCAGUAUGCUAGGCUCGGACGACAAGCAAUUCAUCUAUGGAUAUAUACCCGUCGUCAUCGCCAAGUGCGGCUUGUUUCUCAAGGAAAACGCCAUCAAGACGCAAGGCAUCUUCCGCGUCUCUGGCUCCAAUAAGAGAAUCAGGGAGCUCGAGCAGAUCUUUGACAGCCCGCCAAGAUAUGGCAAGGACCUCACAUGGGAUGUGUAUAGCGUGCACGACGCAGCUAGCGUCUUCAGGCGGUAUCUUAAUAUGCUCCCUCAUCCCAUCAUACCUUUUGAGAUGUAUCCAGCGUUUCGAGAUGCGAUACCUCCCACUGGACAGCCUACAGAGCCGAAGAUCAUUGACGGCUUAUCAAAUCUGAUCAAUAGCUUACCGCCGCCAUCUCAUCACUUGUUCUACUACGUGCUCGAUCUCUUAUCCGUGUUCGACAGAAACCACGAGCAUACACUCAUGACGGCUUCUAAUCUGGCAGUCAUAUUCCAGCCUGGCUUACUGCGAGCUGCGCCUACACCCGUGACUGAUGUGAAAGAUACGUCUGCCACGAAGGCGCAAAUGACGGCAGAUGCGAAUGAGCACAGGCGCAGCCAGCAGGUGCUCGAGUUCCUCAUCAAACAUCAGUCGCAAUUCGUACAGCGCUUGCCUCAGACCGGCAAGCGUAUUUCAGCGAAACGUAAGGACAAACGGUUGACAGCCCGAAGCGAGAACACUACCGCUUCCGCUGCGCCGUCGUCUAUAGCGAGCAGAUCGUCAGGACCAGUGCCUGCUCUCCCGACCGAUACCGAUUCUGAUCGGCCUCCAUCUGCUGUGCAAGCCGACCGGCCGCUACGGCGGCACCAGUCCGAGAAGAGCCAGAAUGGUCGACGUAGGAGAAGCCACUUGGACCAAAUACCCAAUGCGUCUCGUGUAAAGCCACUUUCGGUUUCGCAACCCUCGCUGGCCCCAGCAAUACCCCCUAUCAGCGACGAUAUACCCAUCAAUAGCAAUGGCGUCCAAGUCAAGCGGUCUAGGACUGUGCCCAAUUCCUCGGCACGACCAAGGCGGAGGGCGGACAAGCUAGAGCCGCAGCCGUUCACGUUGACUGCCCAGCCGAUAUCCACAGAGCUCUUCAAUAACGUCAAGCCAUCGGCCGGUAUGGCCAGAGAUAGCUCAGGUACGACAUCAGCGGGUGCAGAGGGCAGGAAAGCCUGGUCGCCGCCGUGGAAGAGGAGGUAG